GUUGUACUCCGUACAUAGCCCGCCGCGCGCCAGCCACGCUCCAAGCGACGACGUCUUGCGUGUGCGUCUUACGUCCGCCCCAAGGCUGCCGUGUUUUUGCCCGUUUCGGGAGUCCGUCAUCCCAUUCUCGCUUGUUUCGAAUUCCAGUCUGCCUGCGACUUUUCACUAGUAGCACCAAGCAAGCCUGCCAGCCAAGACUCCCCCACCCAUGUCGACGUGCAAGGCUUGCGAUGAGCCCCUCGUCCUUCGCGUGGACGAGGAUGAGGACGAGGGGGCCGCGAGCACCGAGAACCACACUGUCCCUGACGAUCUCGAACUCCAAUGCGGCUGCCACUUUCACUGGUACGGUCCCACUACUAGGGGACGCCGGAAGCAGAGAGAAGUAGUGUGCGUAGCUAACCCGAGUAACAAACAGGGAGUGUCUGAUGGACGAGGCGUCCUCCAUUGCCCUCUCAUUGAAAUGCCCCAGCUGUGAGGCGUACCUCCCAGUCAACAACGCUGGCCCGUCAGCGUCUAAUCAGUUCAUGGAGGCUGCCUCCGGCGCGCCCAUUCUGGCGAGGUACAGCAACGAGGGCGGCGUCCAGGAGAACCUGGACAUCCUGCCCUCGCUCACGGAGGAGGCGUACAUCCAGAACAACCCUGAGGCUCGACCGGCGCGGGCUCUCCACGUCAUGUGCGCCGAGGGCGACGUUGCCGGCAUCGUCGAGCUGCUCCGCGACGUCCACGAUGAGGUGAGCGACGUCGGGUCGCUGGUCCGCUACCAAGACCCCCUGGCCGAGAUGAAGACCGGUCUCCAUCUCGCCGUGUCCAACAGGCAAGAGGAGGCGGUGUGGCUCCUGCUCUGGCUCUCGUCGCCGAUGCCUAGCCAGUCUUUCCCACCGCCUGCCAGGCAGGUCGCCGAGUCCAUGGGCUUGGGACGGCUGAACGUACAGCCUGACGCCGACAUCCGCGCUCUGAGAGACGCGCAGGGGCGCACGGCUGAGGACGUCGCGCAGGAUGAUCCUGAGACCUGGCGAAUAUUGCUAGAAGCAGGCGCGCUGUCGCCAUAAUCGACCACUACUAUUCCGGGUCCCUGGCAGCCUUGGACGUCGUCGUGACUAGCGUCGCCGUGCACGAGUUGAUUAGAGCGGUACUUGCCUUGACCCC